AUGACGAGCAUUUCUGACUUGAAGACUGAUGGUAUUGGAGGCCCGCUACAAGUUAGAAUACUGCAAAAAUGGAAACAUGAUGUCCGGCGAUACGAGACUUGGUAUCUUGCUGUCGAUAGAUUUGCAGAUGCUAUACAAAUUCUUGGACAGCGAACAAAUCAGAGUUACAUUGAGUCUGUCCUCCAUGUUUCACAGUGUUACACCAUAUCAGAUUAUAGUUGUCCUCAAUUAGAUAACUAUAAAAAAUUCCUUGAAAAUGAGUUCUACAUCGAUUUUGGCCUCAAGUCCAUCAUACAACCAAUUCCAAAGACAACAACAAUACCCAAAACCUGGUUUCGGUUCGUAUCAAAAUCACAUCUCAUAGACCUCGGAGAAAGACCACCAUACUAUCCAGGACCUUCAAGACCAGCACCACCACUAUCAGGAACACCAUCAACCCUAUAUGACAUGAAGAAAAAAAACAAAUCUGAUCUUCUGAUAUUGAAGAGCCAACAACCAGGGCCAACUGACACAACACCAGAGCCAUCAACACCUGUUGAACAUGUUGUGCGUACUCUCACCUACGAUCCCCAAGAUGUCCAAACGACGUACACCACUAUCAACAAUUCCAGACAGAACAUGCUGCAUGAUGCUCCAACAGAACUGCCAUACAUGCAUGGUAUCAUCACCAACACUGUGAACGCCAAUCUCGACAAAGACACAGUCCUCAUGCUCGAUAUGUUCGACAUGAUGCAACAGAAUAUGACAGCAGCUAUCGAUGUAUGCAAGAAAAUCACUCAACACCACCCAGAAGCAUGA